CUUUUUUUUACAACAAGCUUGUGGGUUACUGUCGCCGGGACUGGCAGCGGUGUUGUUAAGAGUGAGCUAUUGUGACAUCAACUGUGUGCCAAAGUUGUGCCAGAUGACAUCAUCAUGUCUGACAUAAUAUAUUAUUAUAUAUAGGCAUUUUGAUGGACAAAUCAAUCAAACGGGUCCACGACCUCACCGGAACCACUUCCUAUAUUCACACUCCUGAACAAGGGGCUGAGAAUGAAGAGGAAGUGCAGGGUCAAUGUGGACGGGGGCGAACACCCAACCAAAAAUCGGUCCAGCCAGCAUGCCAUAACCAAAAGGGUUUCAUUGGUGCUCCCUUGUACUCAAUUGACACAGAGCACUCUCCAGAAACUGCAGAUUGAGAGUGAGGCUGACUGGCCCACUCCUAUGGAGACCAGGGCAAUUUCAAAGAUGCCAAGGAGAAAGGGCCUACCAACCCCCAAGAUGGAGGACAAGGGAACCCAAUGCGACAUGGGAUCAAAGAGGAAAAGGAUGACUAGUUUCCAAGAUUUGGAUUCAGACGACCUUAGGACUGCUAAGAAGAUCAAGGUCACCGUGGCAUCCGGACCAUACAGCUCCAUUGGCUCCUCCACAUCAACAGACACAUCCACCAGCAGCGAGAGAACCGACUCCAAAUGUUCAGAAGUCUGCGAUAAAUACAAGACCAAAGUCCGACGCAACCCACCACGCAGAGCCAGUUUCACCUCGCUCUAUAACGUGGGCAAGUUGCUGGGACAAGGAGGCUGUGGGUCCGUCUAUGAGGGAACACGAAAGGAAGAUGGGAGAGAAGUCGCCAUUAAGUACAUCCCUAAGGGUGUAUCGGAGUACUACCUCACAAUCCCUGGAACAACGUACCGGCUGCCCCUGGAGGUAGCCCUGAUGCAGAUCGUGUCGCGGCCACCUGUCUGUGAACACGUGCUGGAGCUGGUGGAUUGGUUCGAGCAGCCCAAGAAGUUCAUCCUGGUCCUGGAGCGUCCCACUUCCUGCAUGGACCUGUACGACUACUGUGAGAUGAUGGGUGGGAAGCUCAACGAGGCCAUGGCGAGGGUCAUCAUGCUCCAGGUGGUUCUGGCGGUACGGCACUGCCGCGACCGCGGCGUCAUCCACCGUGACAUCAAAGUGGAGAACCUGCUGGUGCAGACGGACACUCUGAACGUCAAGCUCAUCGACUUCGGCUGCGGGGAUCUGCUGAGGGAGAAACUCUUCAGGGACUUUGCUGGCACUACAGAGUUCUCCCCCCCUGAGUGGGUUCUGGAUGGGAUGUACCAGGGGCGCAAAGCCACCAUCUGGUCCCUGGGUGUGCUUCUGUUUGGCCUGGUCAACGGUGACCUGCCCUUCAGGAAGGAGGCCGAAAUCAUCCGAGGACGCCUGCGCUUCAAGAGAGGGAUCUCCAAAGAAUGCAGAGACCUGGUCCGCUGGUGCCUCAAGCAAGACCCUCUGAAGAGGCCCGUCCUGGAACAGAUCCUCCUGCACGACUGGCUGUCGGACCGGGCUCGCCCCUAAGUCCGUGUCCAUUGCAAAUGCCAUAAGAAAUACUGAUAUGAAAUACAUUUAUUACUGUGUCAUCAAGCAAUGUCAUAUCACAUACUUUAUGUCAUACCUAUCAGAUCUUUUACAAAAUCUUGUCCAUUCUCUAACUGACAGCUGUUGUUUGUUACUCAAAUUUUUUUGCAGGUUCUAUAGCAAUGUAAGACAAUUGAGGAGUGUAGGAGUGGGGAGAGAUUUUGAUAAUUUGGAAUUAGUAGCUGUUAGUACCAAAACAACAUCCCCUUUUAUGGUACUUAACUGGACAAUUGGGUCUUAAAAUUCUUUAGUGUUCAAAACCAAACCCUCCUCCAAUGGGAUUAGCCAAGGACAGCAUCGAAAAAUAAGAAAAAAGGAGAAGGAAGAAGAGGACACCAAAAAUCACCUGAUAUCACAUUUGAUCUGCGCAACCAACUGGGAAUGAGGACUGAAAUUCAAAGCAGCUCUCCAGGGAACAAUUUUGCAGAACAUGAAGGGACACUCCAAUUCUAGAUAGGACCAUCAAAACACCGCUGAGUUCUGACCCUCUUCUUGUGCUGCAAGGGCUUGAAGAGAGAUUGUAACAGGGAUAAUGCUUGGAGAUUUUGCUACUCUGAUGAGAGAAAAUAUGGUUUUUAUUCAACAUCUUACCUUCGCCUUUGAGCUGAUGUUGACAAAGGGAGGAUACAGAAACUCUCCAUAGAAUAACAACUUUAUGUUCCCCUAGACUGCACUGAGCCAGCUACCACUGUUCUAGUACUGAGCUUGAAGAGAACAGCAGAACUGUAAGGAAACUCCAACAGGAAGAGACCUUCAGAAAGACACCGCUGAGACCAGUUCUGACCUCCUCUGCUGCAAGGGCUUGAAGAGAGAUGGUACUCGAAUUCCAAUCGACCCCUUUACAGCAUAUUACUUUCGCCUUUCAGUGUCUCCCGAGUGGCGCAGCGGUCUAAGACACUGCAUCUCAGUGUAAGAGGCGUCACUACAGUCC